AGGCGGGGGGGCGGCCAAGAUGGAGGCGGCGAGCAGAGCUGGGGCCGAGAUGAGCCUGGCGGCGCUGCGGCGCCACGACCCCUACAUCACCAGCAUCGCCGACCUCACGGGCCAGGUCGCGCUCUACACCUUCAGCCCCGAGGCCAACCAGUGGGAGAAAACUGACAUAGAAGGGACCUUAUUUGUAUACAGAAGGUCAGCUUCGCCUUUCCAUGGUUUCACGAUUGUGAAUCGACUGAAUAUGACAAACCUCGUGGAACCAGUGAACAAAGAUUUGGAAUUCCAGCUUCACGAGCCAUUUCUUCUCUACAGAAAUGCCAGCCUGUCAAUUUACAGUAUCUGGUUUUAUGACAAGAAUGACUGUCACCGCAUAGCCAAACUGAUGGCCAAAGUGGUGGAACAGGAAACCCAAAGGUGCCAGCAGGCUGCUAGUGACAGGCAGAGUCCCAACCGAGCCAAUGGACACCAUGAGAAGAGACCUAUUGAUAUCCUGGAGAUGCUGAGUAAAGCCAAGGACGAGUAUGAGCGAAAUCAAAUUACAGACUCAACUAUCUCAAGCCCUGGGUUACAACCAAGUGCUCGCCUCACAAACCCUGGCAGUGCGGAGGAGACAUCAGAAGAAACAUCCCCGGGAUUACAAACACAGGAGAAGCCUGCUCCAUCGGGACACAAGCACCUCACAGUGGAAGAAUUAUUUGGAACUUCGUUGCCAAAGGAACAGCCAACAAUUGUAUAUCCCAAUUCGGAAGGAGCCGAGAAGUUGCCAACUGACACCUCCCCCAAAGAGUAUGACUUGUUCUCACCAUUUUCUUUUGAGUCAUCAAGGGGAACACAUCAGCCAGAGAAUCCUCUCAUCCAGGCCAGUAGCCCCAGUGUGGGGCAUCAGGAGGCCCCUGCCCCCAUGGCCCCCCCUGACAGGAAGAGCUCGUCAAGUUGCUCAGUCCCCAGGAGCCCCGUGGUGAAGGCAGCUCCCCCAGGUGAGGCCACUGGGUCCCCAGCCGUGAAAAAGGCUGCCCAGCAGCGGUCUCCUCUUCUUACCCAGCCAGCCCCUGAGUUGAGGCACAAGGCCCGGAAUCUGAUUGCCACCCAGAGCCAGUUGGUGGCCCCGCUGAGUGGGACAGGCCCUGGAAGCACUUCAAGUGCCAACCUUCUGCACAAGCUCCAGCUGACCCCACAACCGUCAGCGCUCCCCAAGAACCCCAUUGCACCUCACUUUGCCUCAUCGGCAAGCCAGCUUGCAACCCCCGAGAGCUUCAGAGAACCUCACACCAGAAGAAGAGGGGCCACAACCACGCUCAGCAUUGCUGGGAGGUCUCCCCUGAAGGUUUCCUCUCCCAAGUUCAUUACGUCAACAACGUCAGCAUCCUCCUCCAUCCUUUUGUCGCCCAGCGUUUUCCAGCAGUCAGCAGCAAAGCCUCCAGAGCUGGAGAAGAAGGCCAGUUCCCCUUCCCGCUCAGGUGGGGCCUCAGAAAAUCCCACAAAACCUCCUUUGGUUCUCAGCAGGUCUCAGCUCCAGGACACACUAAUACAUCUAAUAAAGAAUGAUGCCAGCUUUCUCAGCACACUCCACGAAGUCUAUUUGCAAGUCCUGACCAAGAACAUAAAUAGCCUGCAGCUCUAGUGACCCGAGCUGAAGCCGCCAGCACUGCGUGUGAGUAGGUGGGCGUCUGCUCUGAAACAAACAUGCCUCAUUAAUGGAACUGGUGUGAGAGACUUCGUUGCUAAAGAAACAAUGCUUAGUCUGGAAAGUCCUGAAAUUGAGCCUGUGAGAGAGAGGAAGAGAGAUACUUGUUCUUAAAGAAUGUUUUUAAGGUUAUAUUCUCAGAAAUGAUGGAGAUUUCACUGUGAAGUAUCACCAGCAACCCUUUAUUUCAGUGGGAAAAAAACAAAGACCAUUUAUGGAAAAUUGCAUGGGCCUUUUCAUCAGCAUCAAGCACAUAUGGAACACCAGGAUGGAGAUAUGUGACCUCCCCCAGUUCAGAAGAUGCACGGGGCGGGGCAGGGCCUGUCCUCACUCUGGAGUGGGACGGCUCCAUCCUUUUCUCCCUCCCUUGGAAGUAAAGUGCUCAUCCCAGGGACCUCAUGCAGUGUUCAACCUUGCAAAGAUCAUUUGCUUCCAAAAGGGAGCUGCCUUUAGCCCCCUUGUCCUGAGAUUUGACCUAUAGUGAAACUUGGAUCAGAUGGAAAUUUUUUAAGGCAGAAUAGUUUCCAGUUUGUCGGUCCCACAUAAGUUAAAAACAUAUUUAUGACUCUUAUUCAGCUGCAAGAUUAUUGGAUAAGAAUGGUGUCACAGGGCCUUAAGGUCCUGAAAUUUCAUGAUAAGAAUUUAUUAUUUUUUAAUUGCUUUCCUAAUACUGACCAGACCAUAGUGACUCUGGCUGCUGGUGUGAGAAUUACCUUUCCUUUUUCAUAUUUUACUUAGGUUCCACUUUUACUUAAUUGGCCAGUUGGCAAAGCCAAAAUCCUACUAGGCUGAAAAACAUUUUUUUAACUGCCAGGUGGUUUUAAAGGCGAUAUCAAGUUUCUUUUUAUACAUGAAAACUACUACUAAGUGUAACCUCAUUGUCCUUUUCUAUCUAAGCAUGAGCUCAAAACAAUUUAGAUCCCUCUUCUUAACUAUAAGGAAAAAAGCAACCAUUGGACCAACACAACGUGAGCCCUGGGGUCCAACUGAUAGGAAUAAAGCUAUGCAGGAAAGGGAACGGGGAUACUCCCAUCACGUCGUCUCUAAGUGAAAGACUGGGUUCGGAAUGAAUUACCGAAGCCAUGCGGUUGGCCUGUGGGUGCCCCUCCAGCUGAGGCACCUUGGAUGUUGCUGUUGCUCCUUCAUGUCGUUUGUGUCUGUUCCCAUGGGGCAUGUGAUAUUUUAAUGUAGAUUCCCAUUUCUUUCAGCAAUAGUCAUCUUACAGUAGCCUUUUGAAUCCAAGUGGCUUGGUUUACACAAGACAGUCCUUUUUUCGUAUGUAACCAAGUAAGAUGCACUGCUCACUUUUCCGAGCCCUGUCCUAAUGACUCCAGGUGAGAAGCCCACCUGGGUCCAGCUGCUGUCCCGAAGACAUGCUGUGAAUGAUGCUGGCAAACUCGGGUUUGUUUCUUAGGGAAUGAUCUGAUGAGCUUUCAAGGCAACUCUAUCAUAGGUUUUUCUAGCAGAGUUUUCUGUAGGAGACACAUUAAGUAUAUUAAAUAACUUUAGCUUGGCCUUCAUUUCUCUGCAUGAAAGGACUUGAUUUGAUUGGCUUUGCUUUAUUUAAUGAGCUUCCAGCUUUGCCUGUCCUGGCUCCUGAGCCUUGCUGAUGACCCUGGGUUGAAUUCAGAGAGGGAGGCAAGGUAAUACUUUGCCUUCCAAGACAGCACAAGUGUUUGACAACCAAAAAUUAAUGAUUUGGGUCAGCCAGGAAAGAGAGAACAAGAGAAUCAUAAUUAGCUAGAGGCAAGUCUCAGGAUCCCCAUGUCUCAUCCAGCAAAAUGGGGCGCUUUGGUAAAUUGGGGUGAGGGUCUGAUCACAGUACAACCUAUGUCAUGGUGUUGAACUGAUCAGCAAACAGCUAGCGACUUGUAACAGAGGCCUAAAUUGAAAUGCUCUUUGCAGCCCAUUGCAAAGGUAGAGAGGAAUCUUCCCUGGAGAGAACAUCUCUGACAAGUUUCUGUUAUUUGUUCCAUAUGCUUGCAUCUUUAAAUAGCUAAUCCAAGGAAGCCAGGUUUCCUUCGUGUGAAACUUUAAAAUUUUAAGUGCCCAAGUUGUGGAGAUUUUAAAAAGAUAAUUUAGUUUUAACCUCUAUAAUUACAUAUUAGAAUUAUUUAUAAUGCGUAAGCCAGGUCUACACUGCCAUACUUCCUGAGGUAUUUCAGGCAGGAGUAUCUGGAUAGGGCAGGUCAACCUCUCUGGGUAGUUGUGUCAGUCAACCCUGCUUGAAAGCUGUAGCUCAGUCGCCUUAUUACUUCCUUCAACUGAACUGUCCAGAACCUCAUGCCAGCCUGGAUCACUGCGUCUUGGAUAAAUCUUCACAGGUUUAAAACCACAAGUUGAACUAAAUACUCAGAAGAAGCAAGUCUCACCCAGCAGUAUGGUCCUGGUCGAGCAGCUGCUGAACUUAGGACCCAAGGUGUAUCCUGCUAGUCUAGCCUUCUGGAAUGGAAUCACCUCCCCAGAUAGAUCACUCCCCUUUCCAGGGCAUCUCCAAUGAACUUUAAGAACAAGAAAGCCUCAUUGGCUUUCAGUACAGACUCCCCACUGCAAGGAGGGCUUCCCAGAAACUUAUUACCGUCAUGAACAGAGAUGUAUUGUUUUCACUAAAAGAAGCUAAUUUGGAUUUUACUUAUUCUAAGAAUGCAGAAACCCAAGUUAGAAUGAGUUCUUUCCAAACAAACUCUGUCUACCCAAGCACUUCAUGUUCUUCUCUCCAGUGAUAUUUUUUUUAAAAACAAAGAAAGUCACAUUGAUCCUUCUACCAAAAAACCUAUUUUUAAGCCUGCUGCUUCGUUUUUCUUUUCCCCAAAGAACCUAGGCUGGUUUGUUUGUUUGUUUGUUUUCAUUUUGCCUGGUGCAGACAGUGGCUUCUGUUCUACAGCUUGCAGGGGAAAUGGGAGAGAUGGGGGGGAGGGGGGCUUAAGGAAGUAGAAGCCACCCAUAAGAAAGGGACAUUGGGAAAAGCUUUAGAACAGGCAGGGGUAAAGCAGCUUACAGCUUGAUUCAAAUUGUUUCACUGAACAAAGAAUGAAUAACUGUCUUCUUGCACAUUUGCUGCUGAGCAAACAUUUGCUAUAUGUUGAUAUUAUUCGAGGUUCCUUUGUGAAACCAAUAAUGCCGUUUGGAUUAACAUAUUUAAAUAUUAAGGAAAGGUCAAGCAGACACAGUGAUUGGCCUCAGACCUGUACUUAGGAUAAUCAGCCCUGGGGCCCAGAUCCUUGCCUGAUUUGUUUUUCCGCUUAAUUUAGGAAAAAUGUGUGCAAUAUAUUUCACCUCCAAUUUGUAUUUGAUGUCAUCAAAACUGUUAAGAUGCAUUGUUCAUUUUUAAGUGAGACAAUAUCAUUUUCUUUUGGUCAUUCUAUUUGAUUGAUUCACCAAAAGUACAUUGGAAAUGGUUUCGGGUUUUUUGUGUGUUACUAUUUAACCUCUACUUCACCCAUUCUUAUAGUGCGCUUUUCCAAAUAUUGAGCAUUCAUGAACAUGUACUGUAUGUACUGUGUGCUUCCCCUCUUAGGAAGUGGAUGGAAGAAUCUCUGGAAAUGGGUCUUUUCUUUUCAACAUCAGUACUGCAUCACUAACUUUUUUAUUAUGAAUUUUCUACCAUCCAUGUGUGUUUGCAAAUAUUAAGUUAUUACAUGUUUUAAACUGAGCGUUUUUCAUCCUCAAUUUUGUAUGUUUGCAAGUAUAUUUUUUUAAUAAAAUUUCAAAACAAAGUUUUCUCACCUA